UCAACAAAUCUUUCACUUUACCAGGUACUCUGUAAUGAGUGAAGGUUCAUAAAGUCUUCUCUAUUCUGUGGAAAACAAUGGAAAGUAAAGGUCCCGAGUGCUCCUUUUCAGACCUCAAUCUGGUGGCUCACCCAAGAGCAAAAAGCAAAGUGUGGAAGUACUUUGGGUUUGACACUGAUGCUGAUGGAUGCAUAUUGCACUGGAAGAAGAUAUACUGUAGGAUAUGCAUGGCUCAGAUCGCAUAUUCAGGGAACACUUCCAACCUCUCCUACCACCUAGAGAAAAACCACCCGGAUGAAUUUUGUGAGUUUGUGAAGAGCAACACGGAGCAGAUGAGAGAAGCUUUUGCCACGGCAUUCUCCAAGCUAAAGCCAGAGUCCUCACAGCAGUUUUCUCAGGACACAAUAGUCAUGAAGCAGACUUCGGGAUAUGAGAUAAGGAAGCACAAUGACCUGACCUCUGCAGUCAUCAGCUUCAUCUGUGAGGGAAUGUACCCAGUCUCUGUUGUGGAAGAGCCUUCUUUUAUAGCACUUUUAAAAACAGCUGACCCAAGGUUUGUUCCUCCCACCAGAACUGAAUUGACAACAAAGGCAAUUCCUCAAAAGUACUACCUAGUUCGGGAAGCUGUGUUCAAGGAACUCGCCGAUGUAGUGUGGUGUGGUAUCUCUACUGACUUAUGGAGAAGCCAAGCUCAGAACAGAACUUAUAUAUCUUUGUCUGCACACUACUUGAACAACUGUGGUUCUAACAGUCUUACCAUGAUGAUCAGAUGCCUGAAAACAUUUGAAGUACCAGAAGAAAAUGUUGCAGAAAAUAUCACUCGUUCACUGUACGAAGUAUUUGUGGAAUGGGGUAUUAAUCCUAAAAUCUAUGGUGCCACUACCAAUAGUUCCCCUGAUAUAGUGAAAGCAUGUUCGCUUCUUGAUCUGUCUGUGCAGAUGCCUUGUUUUGGAUACACUGUGAAUCAAGGUAUUAACCAAGCUUUUGAACUGCCAAAGCUUAGUGCAUUUUUAGCUCGUUGUCGGAAGGUGGUUGAAUACUUCCAGCAGUCUGUUGUAGCCAUGUACCUUUUGCGAGAAAAGCAGAAACAGCAAGGCCUAGCCCAGUCCAUGCUCAUUAGUGACAGAGUCAAAUCAUGGGUGAGCACACUGGCUAUGCUUCAGCGGCUUAAAGAACAACAGUUUGUCAUUGCUUCAGUGCUGGUAGAAGAUAGCAACAAUCACCACUUGAUACUAGAAGCCACGGAAUGGAGCACGGUGGAAGGCCUUGUUGAACUUCUCUUGCCUUUCAGACUGGUGGCAGACAUGAUGACAACAUGCAAGUACCCUACAAUUAGCAUGGUGAAACCUGUUCUACAUAUGCUGCUCAAUACAAACCUAAAGGUAAAAGAAAGUGAUCUCAAAGAGGUUGGCAUGGUAAAGGAAGUGAUUGCUAAGGUACUGUCCACCACCUACCAGGAGAUACCAGAGAUUGAUAUGUUUUUAAAUGUAGCCACGUUUUUAGAUCCCCGUUACAAGAAACUUCCAUUCCUUUCCCCCUUUGAGCGUUCCCAAGUGGAAACGAGAGUUGUGGAAGAGGCCAAAACACUUCUAGAGAAACGGAAGGAGGAAUGUUCUAAACAUGAAGAGCCACUGCAUUUCUCAGAGGGACCACCCAACAAACGGCAAGUUCUUGAAACCCCAUCGUCUUCCAACAAUGCCAGCAAUCUGUUGGCUGUUAUUUUUUGCCAGUCAAACAAUGAUGAGAACCAAGAAGAGCUACAUGCCCAGGUCUUGGAAGAGCUGAGUAACUUCAAGUCUCAGAAGGUCCUUGGUCUUAAUGAAGACCCUCUCCGUUGGUGGUCGGAUCGCUUGGCCUUGUUUCCUACUCUUCCCAAAGUGCUGCAAAAGUACUGGUGCAUUCCAGCCACCAGCAUCCUACCCCAGAGACUUUUUAGCUCUUCAGGCAGCGUUGUUAAUGGGAAAAGGAGCCGACUUGCUCCUGCUCACGUUGACCAGCAGGUUUUUCUAUAUGAGAACAGUCGGAACUUGUUUGAGACUGAACCGACUGAGGAGGAUGAGGGGGAAUGGGGUGUAGACCAUGAACAAGGAAUAGGUUUCACUGAUGGACUAACCAUGCCAGACAAGGAAAUGGUACUGUGAUCACUGAUCUGCAUGCUAGACAUACAAAUCUAUUUGUUAUUUUCCAUGUGUAAGUCUAGUGAAAACUUUUGAGUACACUUAUUGGAUUUUUUUUUUUUCCCCCCCCCCUCCUUAAGGCCGUUAACUUCAAUAGGAAAUGAGCUGACAUCUUUCCAAGCUCUUCUUGUAGGACCUGUACCAGUACUACCCAGGUUACCUAGCAGUACACAACCUUUU